CCCUCCGGUCCUUCCCGCAACAUCCGUCACAUAAACACAUCGAGGCCAUCGUCGCCAUCCCUCGCUCUCAGCCCACCGCUCACUCCCACCGCAGGGCACAUACGCCUCCCCACCGUUUGACCACCCGACGCUGCUGCACAUUGUCCCCCCCACUCGUAACACAAAAUGGAAGCCCUCAACGCAUUACUCGCGUCAGGACAGCACCAUGACCUGCUGUCCAUCGUCAAAGGGUUCCGCAAUGGCGCUGUUUACGGAGCGAAAGUGCGCUUCCCACACGCGCUAGUCAUGACCUUCCUCUUCCGGACCGGCAGCCUCCAAGAAAAGCUCCGUUUCAUCCUAAAAGCGACGUACCAGCACUCGCGCAACCUGGCCUUCUUUGUGACGAUCUACAAGUCGCUGAUGCUGCUGCAGCGGACGGUCAAAGGCGGGAAGGAGCAUGGCGCGGACGCAUUUGUGGCGGGGGUUGUGGGAGGGUAUGUUGUUUUUGGAAAGAAUAAUAAUGUUAAUAAUCAGAUCGUGCUAUACCUCUUCUCCCGCAUCAUGAUCGGCCUCGCCAAACUCGCGGUCAAGAAGCAAGUGCUGCCGGAACCCAAGCACACCUUCCCCGUGUUUGCUGCCCUCGUCUGGGGUAUCGUGAUGUGGCUAUUCAGACAUAACCGCGACACACUACAAGGAUCGUUGCAGGCGUCGAUGCAUUACUUGUACAACGAUUCGGACAACUUUGAUACCUUCAAGAACUUUCUGUGGCAUAAUCGUUGAGCUGGAUUGAUGGGGUGGAGGCGGUAGUGGGCCCGGGGAAAAGUUUUGCAAUCGCGACGAGGAGGAGUUGUGAAGGUUUUCUUGAAUGAAGAGCUUUUUUCAUUUCUGUCUUGUUUUGUGUGUAUAUACAGUUUGAGAAAAACACUUUUUGCAUGAUCGAAGGAAGAGGAUACAGUUGAAGCUAGACUAGUACUGAAGAGUGAGGGUAUGGAAUCAUUACACAAGCCGCAUUGGGGGGGGGGGGGGGAUUAGCGCAGGGAUUAUAAACAGAUAUGCAAGACAAAGUGAGAAAGACAACUUUCCCUCACUGUCUCAAAUCAAUCA